AUGUCACACUGUGUGCGACCUAUGUGCGAACUGUGUGCGAACUGUGUGCGAACUGCCGAGUUGACGGACUACGAGGCCGGGCUCACCGUCGUCGGCAGCUUCGCGACCGUCGAGGAGUUCUGCCGCUACUUCAACUGGCUCAAGCCGCCCUCGCACCUCGAGCGCAACUCGAACUACCACCUCUUCAAGUCCUGCAUUAAGCCGAUGUGGGAGGACCCCGCGAUCGCGAACGGCGGCAAGUGGGUGCUCACAAUGAAGAACAACCCGCAGCUGCUCGACCGCUGCUGGAACUGGCUCGUCAUGGCGCUCGUCGGCGAGGAGCUCGAGGAGGGGCACGACGAGAUCUGCGGCGCGGUUCUCAGUCUGCGAACGUGGACCGCAUCCAGGUGUGGACGCGUGGGAAGGACGAUGUGCAGCGCCUGA